AAUGAUUCUAUUCUAAUUUCUGCCUCCACCAACAAAAUUCCCUUUUCACUCGCCUGAUUUAAUGCAAUGAUGUUUUUCAACAUAUGUAGCUCCUUGCUACUCUGCUCCAGUAAGUAUUUAUAGAUGGUCCUUAUCUUCCACUAAAAUCAAUUCCAGUCUCCUCUAUUUUGCUCUUGCAAGAUGGGCUUUUUCUUUAGAUGCUUAAUAUUCCGUUUAUGUGUUCAGCUCUCAUCACUCACACUAAAAGAAAACAAACUUUCCUUAGCCUGAAGGGAGGGCAAGGAUGACAAGUGUUGAUUUGGGGAGGUAGAAGCCUCCUCUGUCUUUAAAUAUUCUUAUUUUUUCCAGUUUUAUGCCUCUGCAAUCCAUAAUAUGAACUUCUUAGUGUCCCAAGUACUUUUUAUUGUAGUAUGGCUUUCUAUAUGGAGCCGAGACUUGUUCAAUCUAAACUUUACUGUCAAAGUAACAUCCAGCCAAAGCCAAUUUUUUCUGCGAUGGUAUUUUUUUUCCUCAGAUGCCAUUGUCCUGCUGUUAAAGUCUGUAGGUGGUGAGACCUCCGUGCACUGGUCAGCGUAACUGGACUGGAGCUUCCACAUCAAGCAUCCUACAAGAGAUCCGGUGACUCCAAAACCCAUUGAAAGAGCGGAGGAGGGAUCGCUCAUCUAAGCCAUCUGUGGAGCUGCUCAGAAGGCAUGGAACAGAUAAAGUCUGGGCCAGGCACCCAGAGGACGGGACCGAGGGCCAGCUGCUGGAAGGUAGUGGCUGCUGCCGCCGUGGUGGGCAGCGUGACAGCCCUCUACCUGGGGAUCCUGCUGGCAUGUCAUCCCACGGGAGAGACCAGCUUCGAGCACACAGUGGAGCUGCAAGGAAUCACAUUCAAUAGCAGCUUACAGAUGGAGAGCUCGGACUACUACAGGGUGCUGACACCCGCUCUUGAGAGGCUGUUUCUGUCCAGUGUCCAGGACUCCCAGCUGGACUGGAGCUGCACUGGUUGCACCAUCCUGGGCUACAGGAAUGGAAACUCAAGCGUGAUUGUCCAUUUCCGCCUCCGCUUCAUCCCCCAGGAUUCGCAGCCCCUGAGCUCCACCGUGGAGGAAGAAGCUCUCAGGCACGGGCUGGCGGCUGCGUUGAGCAGGCAAGGUCUCUCCCUGGCUGCCUACGGGACGAUAUCCUCAGCUUCUCUUACAGGUCCCAGCGAGGUUUCUCCCCACAGACCGGGACUGAAAUCAGGAAGCUGCCCCGCAGACACGUUCACCUGCCGCAACAGCCAGUGUGUGCGGAAAGAGAACCCUGAAUGUGAUGGCCAAAGAGACUGUGCCGAUGGCUCUGAUGAAAGGGGCUGUGACUGCGGGAGCCGUCCUGCCAUGCAGACUGCCAGCAGGAUAGUGGGAGGCUCAGAGGCAUCCCGAGGGGAGUUCCCAUGGCAGGUCAGCCUGCGAGAGAACAACGAGCACUUCUGCGGUGCUGCAAUCCUCACGGAGAAGUGGCUGGUGUCUGCCGCUCACUGCUUUACUGAGUUCCAGGACCCGGCCAUGUGGGCAGCUUACACGGGGACCACCUCCCUCAAAGGCUCAGACAGUGGCGCGGUGAAAAUGGGCAUCGCUCGCAUCAUCCCGCACCCCUUCUACAACGCCGACACGGCUGACUAUGAUGUGGCCGUGCUGGAGCUGAAGAGACCCGUGACCUUCACAAAGUACAUCCAGCCCGUGUGCCUGCCCGAGGCUGGGCAUCACUUCCCCGCCAGCAAGAAGUGCCUCAUCUCCGGCUGGGGCUACCUCAGGGAGGAUUUCUUGGUGAAACCCGAAUUCCUGCAGAAAGCAACAGUGGAGCUGCUGGACCAGACGCUGUGCUCCAGUCUCUACAGCCAUGCCCUCACAGACAGGAUGCUGUGUGCUGGCUACCUGGAGGGGAAGAUCGACUCCUGCCAGGGUGACUCUGGUGGGCCGCUGGUUUGCCAAGAACCAUCUGGCAAGUUUUUCCUGGCGGGAAUCGUGAGCUGGGGAAUUGGGUGCGCUGAAGCCAGGCGGCCUGGGGUUUACACACGUGUGACCAAACUCAGAGACUGGAUCUUGGAUGCUAUUUCUGCCUUCCCCACCUCCAUAGCCCGCACUCUCCCUCCAAUACAUCCCAGUACUAACAGUAACGUGGUCAGCACUGAAGACCUCAACACCACUGGAGCAAACCCCGUCAUGUCACCAGCCCCAGCGGCCAGCCAGCCAGUGACUGCUUCCAGACCACAAGAGUGUGGAGGACGGCCUGGGUUCUCUAAACCCAGCAAGAUCGUGGGAGGAACAGAUGCUUCCAGUGGAGAGAUCCCUUGGCAAGUCAGCCUGAAAGAAGACUCAAUGCAUUUCUGUGGAGCCACCAUAAUCGGGGACCGCUGGCUGCUGUCGGCAGCUCACUGCUUCAACGAGACAGAACCAGGGGAGAUUGAAGCCUACGUGGGAACUACCUCGCUGAACGGAACAGAUGGGACUGCAGUGAGAGUCAACGUAACAAGAGUGAUCCAGCAUCCCCUCUUCAACCCUAUUUUUCUGGACUUUGAUGUGGCUCUACUUGAGCUAGAGAGACCUCUUGUCUUCAACAAAUACAUCCAGCCCAUCUGUCUCCCACUUGCUGGGCAGAAGUUUCCUGUUGGCAAGAAAUGCAUCAUUUCUGGGUGGGGUGACCUCCAAGAAGGGAACGUCACCAAGCCUGAAAUCCUGCAGAAAGCCUCCGUGGGCAUCAUAGACCAGAAGAUCUGCGACUUCCUCUACAACUUCUCCCUCACUGACCGAAUGAUCUGUGCUGGCUUCCUGGAGGGGAAGGUAGACUCAUGCCAGGGAGAUUCAGGUGGACCCUUGGCCUGUGAGGUGACCCCCGGAGUGUUUUAUCUGGCCGGCAUCGUGAGCUGGGGAAUUGGUUGUGCCCAGGCUAUGAAACCUGGUGUUUACUCCAGAAUUACCAAACUCAAAGACUGGAUCCUGGCUACCAUCUCACAGGUGCCCAGUCUUGGCACAGGCACCCCUUCCAGUUCAGCUAUUACCGGAACUCCUGCUGCCACCAUCCUUGUUCGCCAGCCCAGCACAACGGCUGCGAUUCCAACCAACAGAACCACCCUGGCCGUGGAGACAACACCCGUGACAGAAACCUCCACAGCUCUGAAAACCACUGAGCCUGCCAAGCCCCCCCAAAGCCCAGUGGUGCCUUGUACCAGCCUCACCUUCAAGUGUUCCAGCAACGUCUGUAUUGGAAAACAAAACCCUGAAUGUGAUGGCAUCGUUGACUGCAGCAACGACUUCGAUGAACAUAACUGUGGUGAGUAUUGCUUUGCAGCCUGUGACUGCUGCCCAACCUCGUUCUACAUUGCCCUGGGUUGGGCAAUCUGUGGUUUUGACACACAAUGGGGGACGAUGUGAUUGAGAGCAGCCCUGCAGAGAAGUACUUGGAGUGCUGGGGAUGAGAAGCUCGACAUGAGCCGGCAAUGUGCGCUCAUGUGCCCGUCAAGUUCAGCAACACCAUCAAACCCAUCUGUCUCCCAACGAACUGUGUCCUGGGCUGCAUCCAAAGCAGCGUGGCCAGCAGGGAGGAAGGGGAUUCUGCCCCUCUAUUCCUCUCUUGUGAGACCUCACCUGGAGUAUUGUGUCCAGUUCUGGAAUCCUUAACGUAAGAAGGAGAUGGAGCUGUUGGAAUGGGUCCAGAGGAGGCUACAAAGGUGAUUGGAGGGCUGGAGCACCUCUGCUAUGAGAACAGGCUGAGAGAGUUGGGCUUGUUCAGUCUGGAGAAGAGUAGGCUCCGAGGAGAACUUACAGCGACCUUCCAGUACCUGAAGGGGCUACAAGAAAGCGGGAGAGACUUUUUACAAAGGCAUGGAGUGAUAGGACGAGGGGAAAUGGCUUUAAAUUGGAAAGGGGAAGA